CUGCAACACUCAAUCGGAAGUUGAUUGAAGCGUUCUUGUCGAAAUCAUCCCAAGGACAAUUCGACCGCAGUCUCAUUAGUACCUGCAUUUCGUGAGUUACUCGUUCCAGAUUUUGGACUUUCCCGUUACCACUAAACUAGAAAUACCAUGCCGCACUCCUUUGGACUCCGGGCGCGUACGCGCCAUAUGUUCGCCAAGAAGCACCGUCAACAUGGUCCCAUUCAUCUGUCGCAGUACUUGAUGAAAGUCAAGGUCGGUGAUUAUGUCGACAUCUUUGCCGACCCCGCUGUUCAUAAGGGUAUGCCCCACAAGGGAUAUCAUGGACGUACAGGAAUUAUUUUCAACGUUACCAAGUCGGCGGUUGGUGUACGUGUAAACAAGUUCGUCAAUGGACGUAUCAUUGAGAAACGUAUUCAUGUCCGUAUCGAGCAUGUCCGAAAGUCCAAGUGCCAGCAAGAAAUUCUGCGACGCAAGAAGGAGAACGAAGCUGCCAAGGACGAAGCGCGCAAGACGGGAAACCAGGUUAACCUGAAGCGAACUCCGAAGCUCCCCAAAGACGGUUACAUGCUGGCUGCUCCCGGAGGAGAAGGAGCGGAAAUUACUACCAUCCAGCCGCUCCCAUUCAGCGAUCUCGUUUAAAAUAAACAAAG